UUUUCCCUCGAGCACAGCACAGCACGUGUACCGUGUAUUUUAUCGGCUCGGCUUUCUGCUGUACUGUAAGUCUUGAAAACUUCAGAAGACAUGGGUCACUCCAAUAUUUGGUAUUCUCAUCCACGAAAAUAUGGACAGGGAUCCAGGUCGUGCCGGGCUUGUGCUAACGGACAUGGUCUAAUCAGGAAAUAUGGUUUGGACCUUUGCAGACAGUGCUUCCGAGAAUAUGCUUCAGAAAUUGGUUUCAAGAAGCUUGACUAAGAAUUUUGGAAUGGAAGAAGUUUGUAAACUGGAUACACCAUCAGCCAGAAUCCAUACCUUUUAAAGUGUAAAUUAAAAACUUCUUUUUUUAA